AGAAGUGGCAACGCUGAGAGACCAUGCUGGCAUCGCUGUGACUGUCUCUCUUCCCAUUUCGUUUUUGACCAGCAAGUUAACUGGUUCAGCGCUGCUCAAAAUAACAAGAUUUGAAUAUCUCGACCAGAUAAAUUGCUAAAUAAUGGCUGCUGCUCCUAAGGACAUUGAGAAGCCCCAUGGUGGCGAUUCUGCAUCCGUGCACCGCAUCCGUAUCACCCUGACCUCCAGGAACGUUCGCUCCUUGGAGAAUGUGUGCCGUGAUCUGAUCAACGGUGCCAAGAACCAGAAUCUGCGUGUCAAGGGCCCAGUGCGCAUGCCAACCAAGACCCUACGCAUCACCACCCGUAAGACUCCUUGCGGUGAGGGUUCCAAGACCUGGGAUCGUUUCCAGAUGAGAAUCCACAAGCGCAUCAUCGAUUUGCACUCGCCAUCUGAGAUCGUGAAGAAGAUCACCUCGAUCAACAUUGAACCCGGAGUAGAGGUUGAGGUUACCAUUGCCAACUAGAUUCGGCGAAACGAACCGUUUCUUCUCAACAAACAUGCUGAAAAGUUGAGCAUUUGAAUAAAAACCAAACAACUUUUCAUAAAUAAUUAAA